AAAACUUAAUUUCUCAUGCUGUCGUUGAAAAGUUAAUUAUUCUAUUACCCCAGUGCCUUUAUCCUAAUUCACAGAAAAUUUUGGAUACACUUUCCUGGGUUGUCUUUUUCACUUUCAUAUAUUUUAUGUUUAUGAUUAAAAUAUUUUUUUUAUAGUAAUGAGGUUUUGGACUGUAUGGUUUUUGGUAAUAUUUUCUAAAGAAUGUAUGAGUUCUCAGAGGGAAUGUUCAUUGCAAGCAUAUAUCACCAGAAAAAUUGAUAGUUUAGGUUUUCAUCGAAAUAUUUACUAUAAUGUUUCGUUGAAAACAAGCUGUAAGAUUGAUCAAUGUAAGUUGUGUAUUCAAGAAAUAUUGCCAAGUGGUAUGUUUGUUAACACUGAUCAGUUACGAGACUUAUCUAGAACAAAAAAGUUGCUAGCAUCUGUCGAUGGCCAUGUAGACAUUGAAUCUCCUUCUAGUAUAUCUUCACGACUUCUAGUUCGAAUUCUUGGUAAUUUGAAUGAGGUAACUGAACAGCAAUUUAUGGGAUCAUCAAUAUUACCUGUACAUACCAGAUAUCAAAAUCCUCAGCCAGGUGGUGGUUUUAAGACAGUUAAUAUCAAUAAGCCAGAGUUAUAUAUUCACUGCCCAGAGGAAUAUUCUCAAGUUAAAGAAGAAGUAUUUUUGACACCAUGUGCUGGGGAUAAUAAUAUGCCCCUACCCUUCUCAAAGGUUGCAUAUUCAAUAUCCACAGAUGAUGCUGUACUAAAAAUAGAUGUUCCUGUUGGUAACAGUGAUAGCCUUUUAAUUGUUCAAAUGGUAACAGUUUUCGUCACUAUUAUUGGAUCUGUCUACAUAACUGGCGUUAUAUUAAAAGUUUAAUUUUUUUUUGUUUACAAUUAAGAACUUAUCUCAGGACCCAUUUCUUGAUUUAACUAGUCAUAAAUAAUACCAAAGCUGAUAUAAUUAUCAGCUAUAGUUAUUGUUUUUCAUCAUUAUUACUUUAUUUAAUGUUCCGCCCACUCUAUUAUUAUUUUUCAUUUAAUUACAAAAUUUGUGUGUAAAAAUAAUUAUAUUUAUUUGUUAUGUUAUCGAAAUAAAUAUGUAUAUAACUAA